AUGGGAAGACGUAAGAGAAGAAUCUUCCCAAAACGCAAGCGGUCGGUGUUCAGCAGACCACAUCCUAUCAAACGAAAAAUGAUGUUGAGACAGAGGAAGAUGAAGGCGUUCUUCCACAGGCACAAUCCCAGGGCGUGUAUCGAGAGGGGAGUACGGAAAAUGGUUGGUGGUAUUUAUACAGUUUCAGACAAAGUUAGAGACAAAAUAGCAGAGAGUACCAUGGCUUUGGAUAAUCCCUUCAGCGCUCAGUUCUACGAAGACAGAUGCAUCAUCCAAUGA